AUGGCUACCAUUUCAGACCUCCAACCAAGGAAACGAGAGCCCCUUGCUGGGACGCGAAAGGCGACAACUCUCUCAGCAGCACAACUUGAACGGAAGCGCGCCAACGAUCGGAAAGCCCAAAGGUAUAUUCGUCGACGGGCAAAGGAGUAUAUCGAACACCUGGAACACCAGGUAACAGAGUUAAAAUCGCGAGCAGAGUACGAGAUCAGAACUUUAAAACACCAGCUAGCUAUGACAAAAAGGGGGCAAACCUCUUCAAAUCCGAAGUCCUUGAUUAUGAAUCCAGUUUCUAGAAUCCCAUCGGCUCUUUCAGCAUCUAGCCAGGUCUCCGUUGCGUCUGACUGGCACCAGUACGGUUGCACAAGGCCAGAACCUAUCUGUGAAUCGACAGGAGCAGAUUGCUUGAACAGAGUAGAACCCUUUAUGUUCGAGGACCAGUUACAAGCGUCGAACCCGGCGAAGGUUGCAACAUCUCAAAACAGCUUCAAUCCCCCCCGUCCCAACCUAUUACGCCAGGAGGAGUAUCAACACAAUCCUCGGCACGCCGUACAGUGUGCGAUAAGUCAACGCUCGAUGCCCGUGCCAACUAUCCUAUCAGAGCGGGAACUUCUUGGUCCGAUCCCUACAGAUGCUCGGGACUCUUUUCCAUGGCCUUUCGUGGACCACAUGAGCCUGAAGAAUUUCGACCACGGUGACGUGGCGUGA